GGCAACAUGAUUAGGGCAAGGACAGUGUUUGGUUCGCUCGCCCCCUUGGCUCCGCAAUUCUGUGGGGCCGAGAGGUUUGCCUCCUGGUUGGUGCGAGGCCAUCCUUUGACCAGGACCAGUCAAGUGAUGGUCAGCGUCCCGGUGCGCAAAUACAACAGUCCUGUAGCGACCGAGCCCUUCCUCAAUGGCAGUUCCAGCUCCUACGUCGAAGAAAUGUACAACGCCUGGCUGCAAGACCCACACAGUGUCCACGUGUCAUGGGAUUCCUUCUUCCGCAAUAGUACUGCCGGUGCUGCUCCGGGCCUUGCAUACCAGGCGCCACCAUCGCUCGCUCCCAGCUACAACCAGGUUCCGUUGGGCUCGCUGUUGCCCCUUGGAGGUGGCUCUCAGCUCAGCCAGAUGCCGAUCAGCGAGAAGAUUAUCGAUGAUCAUCUCGCUGUUCAGGCUAUCAUUCGAUCCUACCAGAUUCGUGGACACCAUAUCGCGAAAUUGGACCCUCUUGGCAUCAGCAGCGCUGAUCUUGACGAUAAGCAUCCUCAAGAGUUGCUCUAUUCCCAUUACUCAUUCGGGAAAAGAUCCCGGACCACUUAUUCGCAAGAUCUACAAUUUCGGGUAGCAGUCCUUACGAAAAAGGAAACGGACAUGGAUCGCGUAUUCAAAUUGCCGUCGACCACAUUUAUCGGCGGUAAGGAGAAGUCCCUGCCCCUUCGAGAGAUCCUGAAGAGGCUGGAGUCUGCAUAUUGCGGACACAUCGGGGUCGAGUUCAUGUUCAUCAAUUCCCUGGAGCAGUGCAACUGGAUACGUCAGAAAAUGGAGACGCCAGGCAUCAUGGAGAUGACCAACGACGAGAAGAGGCUGAUACUGGCGAGGUUGACCAGAGCCACGGGCUUCGAGGCGUUCCUGGCGCGAAAGUGGUCCUCGGAGAAGAGGUUCGGCCUGGAGGGCUGCGAGAUCCUUAUCCCCGCGAUGAAGCAGGUCAUCGACAAAUCGACGGAGCUUGGGGUGGAGUCCGUCGUCAUGGGGAUGCCUCAUCGAGGUCGCCUCAACGUCCUGGCGAACGUUUGCCGCAAGCCUCUUAGUCAGAUCUUCACCCAGUUCGCCGCCCUGGAAGCCGCCGACGAUGGAUCGGGCGACGUCAAGUAUCAUCUGGGAACGUACAUCGAGCGUCUGAACCGCGUCACCAACAAGAACAUCCGGUUGGCCGUAGUCGCCAAUCCGUCUCAUCUGGAAGCCGUUGAUCCGGUUGUUCAGGGGAAGACUCGGGCCGAACAAUUCUACCGCGGUGAUGGCGAGGGCAAGAAGGUUAUGUCCAUCCUUCUGCACGGCGACGCCGCGUUCUGCGGCCAAGGCAUCGUCUUCGAGACCAUGCACCUCUCGGACCUUCCUGACUAUACCACCCACGGGACCGUGCACAUCGUCGUCAACAACCAAAUCGGCUUCACCACUGACCCCAGACACUCUCGAUCUUCGCCAUACUGUACAGACGUGGCUCGGGUGGUGAACGCGCCCAUCUUCCACGUGAACUCGGACGACCCUGAAGCGGUGAUGCACGUCUGCAAGGUCGCGGCCGAGUGGAGGGCCACCUUCCACAAGGACGUGGUGAUCGACAUCGUGUCGUAUCGGCGCAACGGGCACAACGAGAUCGACGAGCCGAUGUUCACGCAGCCUCUGAUGUACCGAAAGAUCAAGAAAAUUCCUCCAGGUCUGGAUCUGUACGGCUCGAAGCUGAUCAAGGAAGGCGUGGUCACCCAGGAGGAAGUGAAGGACGUCAAGGAGAAGUACGAGAAGAUCUGCGAGGAGGCGUACUCGAAUGCCAAGCAGGAGACUCACAUCAAGUACAAGGACUGGCUGGACUCGCCCUGGUCGGGCUUCUUCGAGGGGAAGGACCCUCUCAAGGUCUCGCCGACUGGGAUCAAAGAGGACACCCUGGUGCACAUUGGAAAGAAAUUCUCCUCUCCGCCACCGAACGCUGCUGAAUUUGUUAUUCACAAAGGUAUCGAGCGCAUCCUGAAGGCCCGAAUGGAGAUGAUCGAGGCUCGAACCGUCGACUGGGCCUUGGGGGAAGCGAUGGCCUUCGGGUCUCUCCUCAAGGAAGGCAUCCAUGUCAGGCUGUCGGGUCAGGACGUCGAGAGAGGCACCUUCUCGCACAGACACCACGUUCUUCAUCAUCAGACCGUCGACAAGGCCACCUACAGACCUCUUUGUUACCUCUACCCUGACCAAGCACCGUACACCGUCUGCAACAGCUCCCUCUCCGAAUUCGGCGUCCUCGGGUUCGAGCUCGGCUAUUCCAUGACGAAUCCCAACGCGCUGGUUUGCUGGGAGGCCCAGUUCGGGGAUUUCAACAACACCGCGCAGUGCAUCAUCGACCAGUUCAUCAGCAGCGGACAGGCGAAGUGGGUCCGUCAGUCGGGUCUCGUGAUGCUUCAGCCUCAUGGUCUGGAAGGAAUGGGACCGGAGCACUCCAGCGCCCGACUCGAGCGGUUCCUUCAGAUGUGCGCCGACGACCCCGACUACUUCCCACCCGAGAGCGAGGAGUUCGCGGUGCGCCAGCUGCACGACAUCAACUGGAUAGUCGCCAACUGCAGCACCCCGGCGAACUACUUCCACAUCCUGCGCCGGCAGAUCGCCCUGCCGUUCCGCAAACCGCUGAUCCUGAUGACCCCCAAGUCUCUCCUCCGCCACCCCGAAGCCAGGUCCAGCUUCGACCUGAUGACGGAGGACACUCAGUUCCUCAGGGUCAUCUCCGACGACGGCCCGGCCUCGCAGAACCCCAACAAGGUCAAGAGGGUGAUCUUCUGCUCGGGCAAGGUCUACUACGACCUGAAGAAGUCCCGGGGAGAGCGAGGCCUGGACGAUUCCGUCGUGAUCUCGAGAAUGGAACAGAUCUCGCCGUUCCCCUACGACCUCGUCAAGAAGGAAGUUGCCAAGUAUCCGAACGCUGAGCUCGCUUGGUCACAAGAGGAGCACAAGAAUCAAGGAGCUUGGACUUAUGUCCAGCCGAGAUUCCACACCGCUCUCAAUGGGACGCGCAGCGUCGCUAACGAUGGCGAGGCGAGUUCUCGCGUUUCCACCGGAGGGUGGUUCGGUAGCUGGCUCUCCUCGUCGAAAACCACCGAGUCGAGCGUUUCGGUACCACGACCGGAAGACCCUAAGGCUCGCGAUAAGAGAACAGUGAGGUACUGUGGACGACCGACCGCUGCCUCGCCCGCCACGGGAAGCAAGAUGCAACACCUCAAAGAACUGAAACAGUUGCUGGACGACUCUUUUAACGUUUAAUCCGCCGUACUACCUGCGUAGCGUACAAUUUUAUUUAUUUCCCCUCCGCACUAGAUUUGUUACACCGAUCGUCUUGCUCUAUAAAUACCGGAAGGUGGAGAAAGAAAAAAGAACCACUCCAUGAAAGCGAUUGCUCAUUUCGACCCGCUAGUACUCGUGCACAUAUUCCGAAUAACUUUCGACUCGUGCAAGCCAAAUUUCUCUCCCUCUCGCCUGGUCGGAAAUGCGUAUUCCUUUAUUUUUUUUUUGAUAUAUAUAUAUAUAUUUAAUUUUCCUGGAGACUUAGCUCUUAGUUAUCGAUCAAGUAUUCUGCGAGCGCUCGCGACCGAUCUCGGAAAUUGGGAAUUACUUUUUCUUUUUCUUUUUUCAAUGGACAUUUCGUUUCCUUUAUAUGUAUAUAUAUAUGUGUGUGUAUAUUGGACAUUGAAUCCCCAUUUUUCUCUUUUUAAUACCUAAAACGGACUCAAUCGACGCUCGCCCGGUUGUAUAUUUAAUUCCCGCGAUUUCCAGUUUUAAAUCGGAGGAAGGAAAGUUGGAUUUUGCGACGAGUCGCCCUCAGUCACGUGCAAAUAUAGUGUUUAAUUCCUCCUGUCGAUAAGCCGCGCUCGCAAGAUGUAAAGAAUUAAUGUUAAAGUAUUAUUUUUAACUUAUACUCUGUGUAAUAUGCUUGCGUGGCAGGCGAGUGUUUAACGUGCGACUGGAGUUGGCUUCGGGAUCUUCUUCGGAGGCUCUUCGAGAGGCCCCACUGGUAAAGAGGCUACUUAUUUGCGUUAACUAAAUUAUUUCAACCUGUAACACGAAGAAGGGUGCCAGCCAUUUAGACUUUUCGCCCUUUAAAGGGGGUCGGUACAUUGUGAAAUGCCUUUCUAUCGAGGCAUACUUAAAAGAGAUCGAUCGGUCAUCGGAAACGUUUGCUUACGGAGCUGUCAAAACUUACUUUACGGAGACCUUGAUGUAUAACUUGUUACCAAACGUUUAUAAAUGGCGGACUUGUCGAGUCUGGAAAUUUGUACUGGAUUGUUCAAAGCGUAAAACCAUUUUUCUAUCUUAAAUCUUAACCUCAAAUGUGACAGCCUCCGAAGGAAAGAUAUCUCCUGUCUUUUUUCUUUUUUCGUUGAAGUGAACGUCACAAUCUACUAACUCUCUUAAUGUUGACGGAGAGUCAAGUGUUUGGCAGGAUGUUGUCUGCUGACGAGGUUGAACUCACCGUAACGUCUUGUUACUCUCCGAUGCCUCUGUGAACAGCCUCCAAGGAUGAACUCUGAGCUGACUUAAAACGAAGGAUGAGAGCGCUAUACAAAAAUAGUGAUAUAUAUAUAAAUGAAUAAAUAUAUAAAUAAAUAAAUAUAUACAUCUAUGAAUAAGAAUCAUAACAAGGAAUCGGAAUCGAGAAAGGUUGUUUCACUGUGGACGUAGUCUGUCGAAGAACAGUACGUGGAUAUCCCUGAAAGGAAAAUGUUUAUCGGAGGGAAGGGUGUCACUGUUUAUUUAAUUUUUCGACAGCAGAGGGUUCGGCGUUUCUGGCUGAACGUUUGCAGGCAAUAUUAGCGGUAGCUUAAAGCAUUUAAUUUCCACAAUUUAACGUGGCACCAAAUGAGGAAACGUUAUGUCAUCUUAUUUAUUCUAAACUUAUCCAGUUUCAUGAUCUUUAAUUCAACACAGACUGCACUGUUUUCUGCGUUUACAGUCCACGACACUAAUCCACCGUGUUAUUCCACUCGUCUUUUUGCGUUAUUACUCGCUUAAUAACGACAAAUCAAGCCUCGCGCGUGUGAAUGAUACUAGGCGAGAAGUCAGAUUGAAAGUUCAUUACGAUAGUGUAAAUUUAGUCAAGAAAUCGGUAUUAAACCUCAGGUUGUAACAUCUGUUAUGUAAUUAAACUGUGCCUGUAACCAGUGA